GCUCAGGCUGCUAUAAAAGGGGUCCAGAUCCCACACCACUUCCAAACACAGAGCAAACCCGCAGAGCCUUGAACGUAACUGGUUACAACCAGUGAGAAAUAAUUCCUCUCUCCCACCUACCCAACCCUGCCCCAGCCAAUCCAGAGCACUUGAAGGCAACCGGCCGGCCGCUGCACUUCCUUAGGGAAAAGUCAGGAGCUCAGGCUUGACCAUCUCAUUGAGUCCUGUCCAAGAACGCAGGGGACCGGAUAAAGAUAAGUGGGACCCAGGCUCGGCUGCCAGGUACCUGCUAUUCCCACUCCAGCAGACCCAGCUUGUCCGGGUUGCAGCAUGACUCUGUGGAAUGGUGAGCUGCCUUUCUACCCCCAGCCUCGGCAUGCCCCUGGCAUCAGCGUCCCACUGCUCAUCGUCAUUCUGGUGUUCUUGGCCUUGGCUGCCAGCUUCCUGCUCAUCUUGCCUGGGAUUCGUGGCCACUCGCGCUGGUUCUGGCUGGUGAGAGUUCUUCUCAGUCUCUUCAUAGGCGCAGAAAUUGUGGCCGUGCACUUCAGCGCACAGUGGUCAGUGGGUGGGGUGAACACCAACACAUCCUACAAGGCCUUCAGCGCAGCACGAGUCAGAGCCCAUGUUGGUCUGCACGUCGGCCUGGAGGGAAUUAAUAUUACACUCACAGGGACCCCAGUGCAGCAGCUGAACGAGACCAUAGACUACAACGAGCGCUUCAACUGGCGUCUGGGCGAGAACUAUGCCGAGGAGUACUCGGAGGCGCUUGAGAAGGGGCUGCCAGAUCCAGUUCUCUACUUGGCCGAGAAGUUCACCCCGAGCAGCCCCUGCGGGCUCUACCGCCAGUACCGCCUGGCGGGGCACUAUGCCUCGGCCACGCUGUGGGUGGCUUUCUGCUUCUGGCUCCUCUCCAACGGGCUGCUCUCCAUGCCGGUUCCGCUCUACGGGGGCCUGGCGCUCCUGACCACCGGUGCCUUCACGCUCUUCUCUAUCUUCGCCUUCGCCUCCAUCUCCAGCGUGCAGCUCUGCCCGCUCCGUCUCGGCUCCGCCACUCUCACCACUCACUAUGGCGCCGCCUUUUGGGUCACCCUGGCCACCGGCAUCCUGUGCCUCCUGCUGGGAGUGGCGGUGGUGAGUCUCCACUACUCUUGGCCCAGCGCGCUUCGCACCUUCUUGGACCGAAGCGGCAAGGACUAUGGUAGCCAGGUGAAAGGGAGCUCGCCUCUCAUCCUGAACAACCCACUGCAUAAGCAGUUUGGAGCCCUGGACUUAACAACCAAUACUAACCUCUGAGGGGGACUCAACCUCAGACUGCUACCCCACCUCGGUCCCCUGCAAGCCAGGUAGCAAUGCCGGCUGGGGCUGGGCCGGGAUAGCCCAAAGAAAGUCACUGCGUGGGAAGGGGUGGGGGUGGGGGAGCCACUGGGGAAAAGCAGGCGGCCUCAGACGGGCUGCAACUCCUGCACCCAGGGAAAAAUCUCCCAGAGUGACCUGUAAAUAAAUAUUUUUCCUUUUUUUUUUUUUUUUAAUUGUUUCCAUUACAUUUCAUGGCUUUCCCAGACUUAGGGAAUAUGAGUCCUCAGCGGACUUCCUGGGCUGGAAGCAGCCAAGUCCAUUCUCUCUGCCUUGCCACGAGGCUCUGGGAGAGAGGCGCCCUCUAGUGAGCCCAAAGGGGAACUCACCAGAACCAGUAUCUUCCUGAACUGCCCCAGGUGGAUGGUUGGUAGCAGUGACCAGGCAGGUCACUAUCCCAUUGGCCCAGUGGGUUUCCCCUUCACUGGCCCAGGUGAGUGGACCUGGAGGGAAUGGCAUUUUUGAGGUAAUUUACUAACUCCAGUUUAUUCACCAAGAGGUGGUAUCUGAGGGCUAACUAAAGUAGAUGUCGGCAAGGCAUAAAAAUAAAUCCUGGGAUUAUUUUUUAGGUCCUUGGCAAGACCUACAAUCUUAUUUGGCAGAUUUGAGAAGUGAAGCUUAAAGAUAAUGUAGCACAUGUGGUUGAUAUCCUGGGACAAGAAGUUUGGUUUCUUCUCUG